GCUACAGGCGAUGUGGCUGUUGGGGAGGUAGCUGGUGCUGGAGGAGUGGAAGCAGAAGAUGCCACAUGUAACGGAGCAGGAGCUUGAACGGGGACUGGAUCCGUAUUUAUAUACAACAGCGGCUUAACCUUAAUAGAGAAGUAAUGCAGAUGAAGACAACCGCCCCAACUCUAAACAAGUGAAAAUAAUGGAAAACAAAUCACAAAACCCUACCUAUCACAAAUAACACUUAAUCCUAACUAGGUCGACAAAAAUCCCCCGCUGAUCCCUCUGCGAGGGUGCCGGCUGGUAAUAGAUACCACAGUGCCGUAACUGUGGAACGAACUAACCGGUAAAGGACUGCCCUCUGCCACAGUUGUGUGAUAUCUAGCUAAGGUACGAUUCCAUUGUUGAGUGUUUGCUGCUCUUCAUUAGCACAGCAUUCGGUGAUGCAGUCGUAUGGGGAAAAACAAAGGGCUGGAUCAAGGUGUCAUGCGACCCGUGCCGAGGAUCAACCUGGCUGGGGGCCCUCAAAUAGCCCAGUCUUGAACUGAGCUUACGGAUAUCUGGCGCCCUCCGUAAUAAGAUAGCCUUGUUUUCAUAGCGGGGGAUAUGCGCAAGUGAACAUAUAUUCCCCUACACUCGUGAACACAUCAAUAAACAAUAAAGUAAAACCAGGGGAGUCCGGUUGUCCCAUAAUAAAUCCGGAAGGAAAGGAUUGUUCCGAAAAAAGAGCAGCGUAUGCAACGAGCUCUAAGACAGUUAGCACGAAGAUAGUGGCUAAGCCUGGUCUGAAUGCUAAGGUUGGCACCAGUGCUGGAACUACAGCUACUACAGGUUCACCGCCGUCGUGCACAGAUGCUGGAUGGGCCAUAUCAAGAUAGUAGCUUGUGAUGACGAAAGAUCGGUCCAUCUAUAUAAAGCCGCUAUAGCGAAGGCGGGAGAGGUGUAUCCCGGAGCCAAAGUAAUAGCGAUCGAUAGACAAGACAUACCGUCCAGGCGAAGGGCAAGAGUUUUGAUUCCGGCUACACCAUCCCAGCCGGAACAGAUUAUGAAGCUGAUCAAAGCUUGCAACCCAAACCUACCAACGGAGGGUUUGAAAUUUGUCAAGUCGUUCGACGAAGCGACAACCGAAUCGGGCGUGGAGACCAAAAGGACCACGAUGCAUAUUCUGUUGUUGCUAAUGAAUGAUUCAAUUGAACCGCUGAACAAAAGUGACGGUGAAAUUAAUUAUGACUUCACUAAAGUCAAAGUGAAGACAUACAAAGCAGAUGCCGGCGCUAUCGACCAUCUUACCUCGGAUAGCGAGAUGGGUGAAGUAGAGGAAGAUCCAAUGGAGUCCUCAACCGACUUCGAUAGCUUCGAACAAGAGACACUACGGCUGGGAGACGGGCAGAAGUAGUUACCGGCUUGUCUCUUGCUACAUGCCGUACGACGACGAACAGGUGCCAUCGCUGCUUAUAAAAAGGUUGGUACGAGAAAACGAGGUGUCCAAGAAGUUAUUAAUACGUUGAUGCGAUUCAAACGCUCAUCAUUCACUAUGGGGCAGAUACUAUCGUAAGAGGUAAGUUGCUCUUUAAUUAUUUAGUAAGCACUAAGCUCUGUUGGGCAAUAGAGGUAACACGCCAACUUUUAUUACUAGGAACCGACAAUAAGCAUUAGAUAUAACACUUGGGUCGGAUGAACUGAUAGAUAGAGUAACACAUUGAAGGUUUUUAGAAGAACACUACUUUUUCGAUCAUCGGUAUAUUGAUUUUGUACUAAGUGAAAUAAAUAUAGAAAUCAUAAGAAAACAAACUGGCUAGUGCACAUGCAAGAGCUAAACAAGAAUAUUCCUACGAUUCAUCCAUUUCAACCUAAGAACAGGGAGGACUAGUUGAAAGAUUGAGUGUGAGAGUGCAGGAAGUAAUUCAAUGUAGCAAAACUAUCCCAAGUAGAGCAGGAAUGGGACCGUUACUACAGCCUUCUGAGGUCAUACAAAAAGGAAAUGAAAUCGUUCAGUUACGUAACGGGUUGGUUAGUAACCAUUCUCUAAGGGACUCUCCGAUUGAACUUUAUUCCUUCACUAUAGAGAAAAGUGAAGGUAAUAUACAUACCAAAAGCGGAUAAAAGCUCUCACAGCAGUCCAAUGGACUUUAGACCAAUCAGUCCUUUCUCAUUUCUACUGAAAACUUUGGAAAGACUAAUAGAAAUUAACAUAAGAAGCAGACUACUUCCAGAAAAGUUAGCAGUUUCGCAACACGCGUGCUCCAAAGGAAAAUCCACGGAAACAGCUUUAAACUCAGUGGUGACAGAGAUUGAAAGGGCUCUGGAAAUGAAGGAAUACGCCCUCAUAACUUUCUUGGAUAUAGAAGGAUCUUUUAACAACAUCCAGCCUAAGACUAUUAUCAGCUCAAAGAUCUGCAUGUGUCGGAAUCACUCAUGAAGCUUAGAGAACAGAUGCUUCUGGGCAGGUUCAUAACUUCAAUGAUAUGCAGAUCUGUCCAUAGGGGCACACCUCAAGGAGGCAUGCUAUCCCCACUUCUAUGAAUCUUAACAAUGUUGUUAGAUCUAGAGAAAGGGGAAUACAUGUUGUGGCCUACGCAGAUGAUGUGGCGGUUUCAAUUAGGGGGAAAUUCCCAAGCACCCUCCCGGACCUUAUGCAAACAAGGUUAAAUGAGUUGAAUCGAUGUACAAAAUCCUGUGGAUUAAGCCUAAACGCAAGUAAAACUAAGAUAGUGUUGUUUACUAAGAAACACAAGAUUUCAGAGUUCCCACCACCUUCAAUAAAUGACACAUCACUAACAAUAAUUACUAAUUUUAGACAGGAAGCUAUCAUGGGAACCAAAUUUGGAGCUAGGGUAAGGAAGGCGGCUUUAGCAUUAUACACCAGGAAAAGGAUGGUCGGAACAAAAUGGGGACUAACACCCCGCGUAUCGCAUUGGCUCUACACAGCUGUGGUAAGGCCGAUUAUGACAUAUGUAUAUUGGUCUGGUGGCCAAUAAUUGACAAGAAGUACGCAGUAAAGUGUAUGGAAAGUUUAUAAAGAGCGGCAUGUAUAUGUAUCAGUGGAGUUCUCAGAACAACGCAGAGCCAGGCUUUAGAUGUUAUUCUGUACCUACUGCCUAAAUAUAUAUCGGCACUUAGACUUGUAAAUAUUUAAUCGAUAAACGAUAACAGCAGUAAAUACGGCUGUAUCACAAUGGAAACAAGUAAGGACUUGCUCCGUAAGUAGACAAAUGUGGCCAGAGUGGAAUAAGAGCCGUACUUGUCGCUUAUUGAAAUUUAAGAGGAAUGAAACAAGAACCCUUGUAGGGGUGUUAACGGGACACGCCAGCAGACUAGGCCUACCUUUCAAUGAUUACUGCAGGAGCUGCCAAGAAGAAGAAGAAGAAGAAACGAUUACACAUCUUCUUUGUGGAUGCAAGGCUCUGUACAGAAAAAGAAUCGCAACUAUUGGACGCGGUUUUCUCGAGGAUGUGGGCGAAGUUGCUCAUGUCAAAUUGUGUGAACUUUUUCACUUUAUUAGGACCACAGGGUGGUUUAAUGAUGACUCGAUAGUGUGAGGGACCUUAGUCCCACUGGUAUCACAAUGGGCCUCCCAAUGGCCUAGGUGCGUCGUUUGACAACCACAUAACCUAACCUAGCCUAAUCCUUACUAAUUACACAUAAAACAAUUAUCCAAUAUUGUGAACAUAAACUUCCAUAUACAAAAUAUGGUACACAUAAUUUUAAUCAUAUAUAUACACAUAAUUAUAACGUCAGAACUCAAAAAAUUUUUCUUCAAACGGAAUCGGCCCAUCGGUAAUAUAUAUUUAAUUAAAAUAUUACCUGGUGACCCAAAACCCUAACACCCGGCAAUCCAUCCACCGCUGCUGCCCCCGCACAAUAGCGCACGGACAAGCCAAACACCUCACACCAACAUGUCGCGACAAGUGUCUGUGAGAGCACGAAUGUGCUACUGUAUUCAACUUCGUAGGCAAGCAAAGCAGAAUUUUGCGAUCAGUUGACGCUAGAAAACAGAACGCGCUAAAAAUGUUCCAACAAAUUUGGGAAAUAUGUUAUUUUUUUAUUGAGAACAAUGAAAAGCAUGCAGAAUGCUUAAUUUGUUAUAAAAAACUAAAGCGUUGUAGCAAACAUGAUAUAAAAAGACAUUAUGAACGUUGUCAAAAAAACUUGUAAAUAUCGAGGGAGACGCCCGAAAAAAUCUUCUUGAUAAUUACAAAAGAAAAUUUUAUUUACAAUUAAAUUCUCAGCUAUACCAUCAAACAAUCACAUUUCUGA